CCUGUGUGUCGUUGCCUCUCCCCACGUGCGUGUCGUUGCUUCUUCCUUCCCUGCGUGUCGUUGCUUCUUCCUUCCCUGCGUGUCGUUGCCUCUUCCCCGUGCCUGUUGUUGCCUCUCUCCUCCCUGGGUGUCGUUGCCUCUCUCCUCCCUGGGUGUCGUUGCCUCUCUCCUCCCUGGGUGUCGUUGCCUCUUCCUUCCCUGGGUGUCGUUGCCUCUCCCCACGUGCGUGUCGUUGCUUCUUCCUUCCCUGCGUGUCGUUGCCUCUUCCCCGUGCCUGUUGUUGCCUCUCUCCUCCCUGGGUGUCGUUGCCUCUCUCCUCCCUGGGUGUCGUUGCCUCUCUCCUCCCUGGGUGUCGUUGCCUCUUCCUUCCCUGGGUGUCGUUGCCUCUCCCCACGUGCGUGUCGUUGCUUCUUCCUUCCCUGCGUGUCGUUGCCUCUUCCCCGUGCCUGUUGUUGCCUCUCUCCUCCCUGGGUGUCGUUGCCUCUCUCCUCCCUGGGUGUCGUUGCCUCUUCCUUCCCUGGGUGUCGUUGCCUCUCCCCACGUGCGUGUCGUUGCUUCUUCCUUCCCUGCGUGUCGUUGCCUCUUCCCCGUGCCUGUUGUUGCCUCUCCCCUCCCUGGGUGUCGUUGCCUCUCCCCAUGUGCGUGUCGUUGCCUCUUCCUUCCCUGGGUGUCGUUGCCUCUCUCCUCCCUGCAUGUCAUUGCCUCUUCCCCGUGCGUGUCGUUGCCUCUCUCCUCCCUGGGUGUCGUUGCCUCUCCCCAUGUGCGUGUCGUUGCCUCUCCCCAUGUGCGUGUCGUUGCCUCUUCCUUCCCUGGGUGUCGUUGCCUCUCUUCUCCCAGCGUGUCGUUGCCUCUUCCCCGUGCCUGUCGUUGCCUCUCCCCACGUGCGUGUCGUUGCCUCUUCCUUCCCUGGGUGUCGUUGCCUCUUCCUUCCCUGGGUGUCGUUGCCUCUCUCCUCCCUGGGUGUCGUUGCCUCUCCUCCCUGGGUGUCGUUGCCUCUCCUCCCUGGGUGUCGUUGCCUCUCCUCCCUGCGUGUCGUUGCCUCUUCCUUCCCUGCGUGUCGUUGCCUCUCUCCUCCUUGCGUGUCGUUGCCUCUUCCGCGUGCCUGUUGUUGCUUCUCUCCUCUCUGGGUGUCGUUGCCUCGUCCUUCCCUGCCUGUUGUUGCCUCUUCCUUCCCUGCGUGUCGUUGCCUCUCUUCUCCCUGGGUGUCGUUGCCUCUCCCCUCCCUGGGUGUCGUUGCCUCUCCCCUCCCUGGGUGUCGUUGCCUCUCCCCUCCCUGGGUGUCGUUGCCUCAUCCUUCCCUGCGUGUCGUUGCCUCUCUCCUCCCUGCAUGUCGUUGCCUCUUCCCGGUGCCUGUCGUUGCCUCUUCCCCAUGCCUGUUGUUGCCUCUCUCCUCCCUGGGUGUCGUUGUUGCCUCUCCCCACCCUGCUUCUCACUGCCUCUCCCCUCAGCACAGAGGAAAAGGUCCCCAAAUUAUGCAAGAACAGACAAAGUCAAUACUACAAGAAACUGAAGCCAACAGAUGGAAAUAUGCUGAGUCAAACACCAAGACUUGUGCAUUGGCUAUUAAAUCUUCAAAGUGAUUUAUUACAAGAAAACAGCAUGCAGUGCCCACAUCCCAAAACAAACAGUACAGCCAGCACGUUGAGCCACAUGCCUGCAGGUUUUUUGCCAGUUCAUUGAGCAGGCAAAAAGAAACGUCAGAUCUUUGAAGUAAAAGCUGUAUCUUCAAAACGCUAGAAGAGAUUGGAGAGAUGGUUAAAUACUUUUAGUCAGACAUCUGCCAACCAAUGUUUAAAGCUAACAGUCAUUUUCAGCUUGCAAGGCUUCAACUUGCGCUUAGCUCAGUGGAUCUGGCCACAGGAUUAGGCCCUCUCAGAUGCAUUGGGAUGCAACCUAUCCCUGAAAUUCUCUGGUCCAUCGGCUAUUACAAAUCGUUCACCUAACGGCCCUUCCUCAUUAAGUCAAGGGCUUAAGUCCAACUUCACCUACUGUGCUUUGAGAAGCAAAACUUUCUUUUUCUUCCACGAAUCCAACCCCCUCAAAGCAGAUCACCCGUAACAUCCCUUACCACAGCUCCAGGUGCUCACUCUCUUCUGAGUGCUCACAAACGCCUCCAGUUUUUGAAAGUCAAACGCCUGCAAACCCCACGAAAGACUGGGCAAAGAAAGAAGGUUCUAGCCAACCAACCAACCUAUCAGUCUCCUGAGCCUGUCCAGCGUCCCCACUCCAACAACAGCAUCUCCCCUGAAACAGUUGGCCAGAUCCAUUCGCCUGCCGCCGUUGCGGUGGUGGCUCCAGAACAGAGUGGCCAGCACCAAGCCAGAACCGAAUCCAAUAGCUUCCCAGAGAAUCCGAUUUUCCCUACUGAAUAGCCCCGAGAAGAGUCGCGCGUUGGCUUAAUGCGGAAGCGAGGUACUUACGGGAGGACGAAAGAGCUGUCCGGGCUCUGCAGCUGAUGUUGCUGAAAAUCCACAGGAAGAGGGCUGCCCUGCAGCCGGCUCGGAGAAGCACAAGCAUCCUGGACGUCCAGCCUCCCCGUAGUCCCAGGCGCCAGGUGCGGAGCAGCCGCCCGAUCCUCCACCACGAUCUGCCUCUGCUUGCGGUGGGUGCAGCGGGUAGAUUUUCACCUUGGGAGUAAAAGCCAAGCGCUCUCGCUCUGGCGCGCUGGCUCGUCUUACUCCGGGGUAAUCCAAGUCCCCGGGACUCUGGCUGUCCUUUCCCGUGCGCUCCGUGCACCGCCCCUUCGAGGCACGAAGUCAAUGGCGAGCGAAGUGGGGCAGGCCACCUCGGGAGCGAGGGAGCUGCUGUGGCGGCCGGGGCUGGAGCCACUGCAGCCGAGCCCUUCCGUGCGCACGGCACAGGGCUGCUUGCCACCAGCCUCCCUGCUCGGCUGGCUCGCGCUCGCGCGCUCCGUGCGUACCCGGAGCGCACACGCCAAGCGCGCGUGGAAGCCGCGAGAGGGAAGGCGCGAGAGACGGAGGCACUCCCGCCGCAGAGGAACUGCUUCAGCAGCUCGCUCCUGCGGGCAUCCUUCGGCAGCAGGAAGAAACCCUGCCACGACUAACAGCCGAGGCAGCAGAACCGGCGACCUAGAGAGCGGGGGGGGGGAGCUGAGAAGGGAAAAGCCUCCCCUCCCCUCCUCCUGCUGCUUAGCCUUCUCCGGUGGCUCCUCCUCCUCCUCGUCGUCGCCAGUGUAGCCCUCUCGGGCUGGAAGAGACCCCUCCCCGACUCUUCUGCACCUGUCCAGAUUCAAACCAAAAGCAAAAGACCCCCUCCCCGCGUGCGCGCCCCGCCCACACCAAGGCCCGCUUGGGAGUGGCUGGAAGGGACCGGGAAGGCGGCCUCUCUCCUCAAUCGGCAAGGCUGAAGUCGCUGUUCGUCGUGCUGAACUUGGAAGCUUAGGCUCCUGCACCUUGCGGGGCGUUUCCUCCCUCCUUGCUUCCUUACCCUUUCUCGGAGCCUAAAAGGGAGCAUGGGGGGGGAUCGCCCCCGUAUUGCUGACUUCUCCGGUACCACCACCCCCCUCAAACUGAGAUGGUACAAGCUCUCUGUGCUCCAACCUCCUGGGAUCCGCGAGCGAAGGCAGUCCAGCAAGCAAGUCUUCCGAGCGGUCCUAAGCACUAAAACCAGAAGCUCGGCAUCCUGCCUGUGAAACAAGCAGAGAGGACUGCGGAAGGCUCCAAUGCAGAUUUUUUUUUCCCGUUGUGCAAUUAAAAGCGCACACCCGCAGGACGGGCAGGCGCGAGAAGGCUGCAUGAAAGUAGCAGACAGCUUGCCAUCAAGGAGCCGGUAAUGCAGUCAGGCAUUGUUGCAGCCUUUGCUAGGAAAAGGCUUCAAGAAACCCUUCUGCCUCUCCUCCCCUCCCCGCACGAGUCUGAGAUGAAAGUUACUGCACUCUAGUUGUUGCGGAUCACUGCCUGUUAUUACUCACCAUUUAUUUGAUGUUGACCGUUUCCGUAGAUAAUCAAUACGCCUCUCAUUUUCUAGCUGAUAUUUUGACAACCUAAGGAAAAAAUUGAAUUCAUUUACUUAAAAGCUAUAGAAUAACAUUGAUAAAG